AAAAAUACGUUGAGUUACUUUAACCACUUAAGGAGCUGUUACACGCUAGCACAGUUAAAGGAGUUUAAUAGACGCCUUAUUUGAAAUUAUAAUCAGUAAGAAUAAACGCAUUUAAGGGUGUUUUGUUUGAGGAACCAAUAAGAAGGCCGUCGGUAGUUUAAAGUCAUCGUUUGUUUUUCUAUUUUUUUAUAUGUGACGUGAAUGUGGCUUUUUUUUCCCUUUGACGAGCAUUUCCCAUGAUGCACCGGGAAAAAAAAGACGUAACCCGGCGCGGAUAUUCAAAACUAUGGCAGAAGACUCGAGCAUAUUAAAAAUAAUAUCAAACUCCGAGGACACGGAAAAUGUGUCCACUGAUAAAAGCAGAGACCUCGGGAUAAAGAGACGCCUUUCCUUCUCCUCGGAAAAGGAUAUUAGCAUAGCGGAGGCACCGAAGACACCGCCUGAGGUCCAAGCUGUAUCCGAAGACCCAAACUCAAGCCGAGUUUCCCCGGAAAUCAGCAAACAACGUUCCCCAAGUCCCGUAAACACACAUUUAAAGGGUAAAAAUGCUGUAAAGUUAAAAGACGACUCUUCUAGACAGCACUGCGUGAACGACACUGACGAUAAGGAAAACACCGCUAUACCCGCCGAUCAAAAUAACACAGAGGAGGAUAACGCUUCUUGUCAGGGAGGUUUUAAACAUAUUAAAGUGACUGCCAGUAUACAAAGUGAUGCAGAGGACAGAGAUGCCGAGGUGGUGAGGAGGGCACAGGAGGAAGGCUGCGUGAACGUGGUCUUCCCGGGGACUGUAACUCAGGAAGGCUGCUGUCGUUUCGUCAGCGAGAUCCUCAAGUGCAUCCUCUAUCAAAGACAGCAGCUGCCCAUGACGUAUGACCAGUUGGUAUACUCCCAGAGGAAGCAGCAAGCGUCGGUGCAGGAUAAAGACGUAGUGAAUCGAAGACCGGUGCAUUCAGCAGACAUGGACUGGCGCAAGUGUCAGCAGACCCUUCAGGAGCUGGAGGAAGUGCUGCAGCAUCUGGAGGUGCUGUUCUCCCUCAGCAGGGUGCCCCGUGUGCUCCUGUUAAUGGGUGGCUCGCUUGUCCUCCCCAAAGAGCUGUACGAGAUAAACAUGGAGUCCCUGGCAUCAUCCGGUGGGAAUCUGUGUCUACGGGUGUCAUCGUGCUUGAGGCAGAUCUUCCGCACACUGUUUGUGGCUGACCUUUUGUCUGACACCAGACCUGUUCGCUUAAUGCCCACCACAGUCUUGGUGCUGGCUCACAGGGACUGUGGUGUAGGCUGGUUUCGACCCAAACUCCAAUUUAAAGUCCCAACUCGUGUAAAAAAACAAAUCAUCGUUCUGUCUAGCGAUCCAAACGUCUGCAAGGAACCAAGGGCGGAAGGGUCAGACUGGGAGGAUUAUGUGUGGUUUCAGGCACCUGUGACUAUUAAGGGCUUCAGUAACUGACCCUAAAAGUUGGACAGUAAGUCUUUAGAGUGUAGCACUUUCUUUCUGGUGCUUGUGUACUACAGUAAAUGUUAACAGCAAUCCAAGGGAACUUUAAACAUUUGUGUUUUUUAUUAAAAUGUACAUAUUUUAAUCAAUUUCGACGUAUUCUUUUGUUUCAGAGUAUGUUCAUUCAAACAAUAGUGAAAUAAACAGUAUGGUGUGCUACCCUUUUCUUUUACAAAUGAUCGUUUAAAAGAAUGUUUGUCCUCAUUUAACACAGAGCAAUACACACACUAUUAGUGCAAUACAUUUUUAAUGACCAAGACUUCUUUAUGCCAGUGUCAUCUGAGCAUGUUUACAUAUAUCAAAAGCUUGCAAAUGAUUUGAGUGUCACGAAUCAAGUGAUAAGAUGCUGCGUGGUGUAAAAAUGUUCAACUUAAGGAUUUGUAUGUCUCCUGCUUGAAAUAAUAAAGGACAGAUGUGCUAUAA